UCCCACUGCGGUUCUCGGCGUUUCUUGUUUCUCUCUCCAACACAGUCCACCAACAAAAAAUAAAACGGUUUUCUACCCAUCAAAAAUCCUAAAUCAAAGAAAAUUUCCAACGAUAACAGCGAAUUGCAUUUGCAAUUGGAAGAAAAGUGCAACUACAACUGCAACAUCGUAAGCUCCAUCCCACAGCUCCAUACAUACCAGCGUGUGUAUGCAAGUGUGUGGGUGUGUGCAACUGCAUCGUAGGUUCCAGUAAAAAGCAGGAGGCACCAAGGAGACAAAUCGGCUGAACGCGGAACAUUAAAAUUAUUUUUUUUGCUGUGCGCUGUGAAAAAGGAGUUUAAAACGAAAAUUUGAAAAAUCACUUCUCCCACUGCAUUUUGGGGCCCACGCAAAAUUGCCGCAAAGCCCAAGAACGAGGAAGAGCAGAGGAAACGGAGAGAAGAGACAGAAGCAGCACACAAUCAAAAAACAGGCUCAGCGCACCCCAGGCUCCAGUGCAGCGCGCCAACAUCAACUUGUGAACGCAGCCAGUCGACGUCGACAGCGCUGUUGUUGCAUUUGCUGCAGUUGGCCCAAUCGCUUCUGUUGCUCUUGCAGUUGCAGUCGCCUCGUUGUGGUCGCCGCGAGUGUAGGGCAGCAUCGGAAGAGAUAGAGUGAGACUCUGAGCAGUGCGAAGCGAAGCAAGCAGCCAAACCACACAGAGUAAGGACCGGCACCUGGUGUCACAGUACAAAAACCAACACGGAUCCCAAACACAGCGCAUAUUUUUCAGUUCAUUCCAAGCGGGGCAAGCAGAAAGGUAAAGGAAAGAAAGCAAUCAUGGAAGUCGAAUCGUCAUCCCAUACCAAACAUGCCAACGGCGGCGGUCGUCGCCACAACUCUGGUGGCUCGGACUCCAAGGAGAGCUCUGUGGAGCGCGAGCUGAAUGGCGAGAUCCAGGCGGUGGUGCUCAAUGGCAGCGGCUCCAAUGGCCUUGGUCUCAUCAAGAAGCCGCUACCCGUCGGCGACGACGGACGCAUCAAGCGAAAGGCCAAGAGGCUCAUACAGAGACAACACAGUGGCAGCAAUGGUACUGUUGCCACCCUAACCAAUGGCAGUGGCCCGGGAUCGGGUGGUGCCAGUGGUGCUGCUGGCAGUGGCGGUGCCGCCGCCGCUGCCGGUGCCACCGGGAUUAUACCACAACCAGGUGGUUAUGUGGUGCCGCAUCGACGCUGGAAGAACAGCCGUCGCUCAAGGAACCUAACCCGGGGCCGUGGGCUACCCAAGAAGGGCGGCGCCGGAGGCAAAGGUGUGUGGGGUCUGCCGGGCUCCGAGGCUCUGGCCGAGCUCUACGAGGACGAGAACGAUCCGAACUAUGACAGCGAGUGCAAUGAUCGGAAUGUGGAGCUGCGUGAGGUGAUCACCGAGACCACACCGGAGGAGUUCUUCAAGCUGGCCGAGCCGAUUGUCUUGGAGUACUACGAGCACGGUGACACACACGAGGUGGCGCUUAGCUUUGAUGAGAUAUUGCAAAGUCCAUUGCGAGAACAAAUUACCUCGAUUCUCGUGGAGAUAGCCAUGGAUCACAAGGACUCGCAGCGCGAGAUGACCUCGGUGCUGAUUUCGGAUCUAUACGGUCGUGUCAUUACCGGCAAGGACAUAGAAAAGGGUUUUAAUAUUCUCCUGUCCAACUUGCCCGAUCUCAUUCUCGACACCCCAGAGGCUCCCAUCAUGCUGGGCAAUUUCAUGGCCCGCGCCAUCGCCGACGAUUGCAUCCCACCGAAGUUUGUGGCCAAACCCGAGGAGACUCUGCAGCUGAGCGAGUAUGCCGAGCAGGCUUUGCGGCGGGCCGACUCGCUGCUCCAUAAGCAAGGCUGGGCGCAUCUGGACAAUGUCUGGGGCAUGGGUGGGCCCCUGCGCCCGGUAAAGACCAUUACCAAGCAGAUGACUUUGCUGCUCAAGGAGUAUAUAUCGUCGCGUGAUGUGGCCGAGGCCCAUCGCUGUCUGCGUGCCCUCGAGGUGCCGCACUAUCAUCAUGAGCUCGUCUACGAGGCCAUUGUCAUGACACUGGAAUCGCUUAGCCAGACCACUGAGGAGGCAAUGUGCGAGCUGCUCAAAUCGCUGGAUCUCACCUGUCUGGUGCUGCCAGCGGGCAUGGAGCAGGGCUUCAUUCGGGCUUUUGAUGAUAUGGCGGAUAUUGUGUUGGAUGUGCCCUUGGCCUAUAUAAUACUCGAUCGUUUUGUCGAGCGCUGCAACCGUGCCGGUUUUCUCACCGACAAGAUCAUUAAUAAUGUGCCAUCGCGCGGACGCAAGCGCUUUGUCUCGGAAGGCGAUGGCGGUCAUGUGAAGCCGGCUAUGUUUCCCAUGCGCGACUAAAUUGGGGGAAACUUUUCUAAAACGGGCUGGACUUAUGUAGUAUGCUUAUAUAAACAGCCCCGUCCCACACCCCAAACAAGAAAAAAAACAACCAAAAGUCAACCAAAACUAUUAGCAA